ACCUUUUUCUAGCAAGUCGCUUGGCUCAAGAACUAGUCUUCCCAGUAGACUCCGCGGCGAGUCGGAUUCCUGCGCAUGAUUGUUUUUCGUUUUGCUCCCUGCAGUUACUCUCACUGAGUUCGCUAGGCUGGAUUGGCGCCCGCCAAGCUACAAUGGGGCAGCUGGGCUGGGGAGACCCUCGGGAUGCAGCUAAAUGAUCAAUAGAAGGUAUAUUUUUUAUUGCUGUGGAAGAAUUGGUAUAUGGGUGUGGUGCCAGUCUUCAGCCAUGGCUCAUCUGAGGGAAUUUGCCAAUCAGCACUCUCGGGUUGAUCCAGAGGAAUUAUUCACUAAGCUGGAGAGAAUUGGUAAAGGAUCAUUUGGGGAAGUGUACAAAGGAAUUGACAACCGUACCAAGGAGGUAGUAGCUAUCAAAAUAAUUGACUUGGAAGAGGCAGAGGAUGAAAUUGAAGACAUCCAGCAAGAGAUAACAGUUCUUAGUCAGUGUGACAGUCCGUAUAUCACCCGAUACUAUGGCUCCUAUUUGAAGGGCACCAAACUGUGGAUAAUCAUGGAGUAUUUGGGAGGUGGCUCAGCUCUGGAUCUACUCAAGCCUGGUCCCUUGGAAGAAAUCUACAUUGCCACAAUCCUGCGAGAAAUUCUUAAAGGUCUGGACUACCUUCACUCUGAGAGGAAAAUCCACAGAGACAUCAAAGCUGCCAAUGUGUUACUUUCGGAACAAGGGGAUGUGAAACUAGCUGACUUUGGUGUGGCUGGCCAACUGACAGACACUCAAAUCAAGAGAAACACCUUUGUUGGGACUCCUUUUUGGAUGGCACCCGAAGUCAUCAAGCAAUCAGCCUAUGACUUCAAGGCAGACAUUUGGUCUCUUGGCAUUACUGCUAUUGAACUGGCAAAAGGAGAGCCUCCAAAUUCUGACCUGCAUCCAAUGAGGGUUCUCUUCCUGAUUCCCAAGAACAACCCUCCAACAUUAGAAGGGCACCACAGUAAGCCUUUUAAGGAAUUUGUGGAAGCCUGCCUUAACAAGGACCCCAGAUUUAGGCCCACUGCAAAGGAAUUGCUAAAGCACAAAUUUAUUACACGUUACACAAAGAAAACAUCAUUUCUCAUGGAACUCAUUGACCGGUACAAACGGUGGAAAUCAGAGGGGCACGGUGAGGACUCCAGCUCAGAUGACUCUGACAUUGAUGGAGAUGCAGAUGAGAGGGAUCAAGGGCCCAUCUGGACUUUCCCUCCAACUAUUCGACCCAGUUCCCUGAACAAAUUGCAUAAAGGGAUGCCUCAUCAUGGGUCUCAAAAGGCUUCUGAACCUAUCAAGAGGCAGCCCCGGUCCCAGUGUCUCUCUACUCUUGUCCGUCCUGUCUUUAGAGAGCUGAAAGAUAAGCACAAGCAGACUGGAGGAAACGUAGGCGCCAUGGAAGAACUUGAAAAUGCUUUUAGCUUAGCUGAAGAGUCUUGCCCUGGAAUCUCAGAUAAACUAAUUGCAUAUAUGGUGGAACGAGUGCAAAGGUUCUCACACAGUAGGAACCAUCUGUCUUCAGCACGCUGAUGAGUCUGCUCUUUUUUGCUUAU